CGCACCCGCAACAAAUUAUUGGCCUUCCUUUUCAAACGAAACUGCAAAUUAUUGAACUCGGGAUUCGCAAUAGCAUCACAACAAUAACAACAACAAAAACAACAAAGGUAUUGGAGUGAGAAUUUCUGCAAGAUGGGAAAAGAAUUGAAGGUUGAAUUUGGUAGGAUUAAUCAAGAUAAUAUAGAGCAAGUAAGUGGAUUGAGAAUAGAACGCAGUACAUUACGAACCAUCGGCCGAUUUUAUAUUUGAUGCAAUACGAUGUUGUAGUACGAAAUUGUGGUGAAAUGUAAUACAAUCUGUUGUGGUGCUGUAUUUGGCUGUAGUGUCAACUAAUAGUGAGCAUCCUAUUGGCUUUCGCAUGGUAUGUUGGCAGCUGCGAAAGGUAAACCUUGCGUGUUUCCCUGUUCAGUACCAAGAGAAAUAUUACAAAGAUGUCUCGGCGAGCGUUGGCGAGGGUCUUUGUAAGUUUGCCUACUGGAAUGGUUUCGUGGUUGGAGCAGCGUCUUCACGAAUAGAGCCCAUCAACGGCAGCAAUGGUAAUACUGACGAGCCAAAGAACGACAACGAAAGCAACGAAAAACGCAUCUACAUUAUGACGCUUGGGGUUUUAGCGGCCUAUCGGGGACGAACCAUCGGCACACAAUUGAUUCAAUCGAUACUUGACUACUUCGAGGAAAACAAAAACGAGUCACCCGAGCUAAAAGAUGUUAUCGAGAUCUCUCUGCACGUUCAGAUUUCGAACGAUGACGCCAUAAAGUUUUACACCGAGAAAUUCGGCUUUGAAAAGGGAGAAAUGGUUGAGAAUUAUUACCGCCGCAUCGAUCCCCCCCACUGCUACAAACUGUACAAAAAAGUGAGGUGAGGAGAGUAAACAAAUAAACAAGCGAGAAAGCUAUAGUACUGAUAGAACAAUUGGUACAGAGUGAUUCUCGUUGUGAGGCGUGAUGAAAAUGAGAGACAAUUUGUCUCGUGAACAAAGAUAUCCAUCAAUGGUAUGGGCAUAUGCAGAACGAAGCGGAUUGGUUUCGGUACCAAUUACUAAAUGUCUAUCCGGUCAUUAUAGUGUUGCUCGCUGCGUCUCAAAAUAGAUUCGAGAAUAGAAAACUUCGAAUAGAAAUUGUUAUUUGUA